AUGGUGCGCAAUAUCGUUGUUUUGGGAGGUAACUCCCACCCGCAACUCACAGAGAAUGUCUGCCACAUUCUUGGUGUCCCGGCCAGCAAUCGCAUUUUGGGAAAAUUCUCUGGCGGCGAGAGCCGUUGCGAAAUCAAAGACUCGGUCCGUGGUAAAGACGUCUACAUCAUACAAUCCGGCUCUGGCAACGUCAACGACAACCUCAUUGAUCUAUGUAUCAUGAUUUCGGCUUGCAAAACUGGCUCUGCGAAGCGAGUGACUGCCGUCGUGCCUCUCUUUCCCUACUCCCGACAGCCUGACUGGCCCUACAACAAAGCCGGCGCUCCUUUGUCGCAAAUUUCUGGCGCUUCCAAGGACUACACAUUUGAAAGUGUUCCCCCUACACCCCGCCCUGGCGGUCCCAAGUCGGCUGGUCUUCCCAAUGGCGUCAACAACUUGACCGAGAAGCUCUCAAAAACAGCUGAGGCUGCCAACGGUGUAAAUGGCACCAAUGGCCACCCUACACCUCGUCGUUCAGACACUAUCUCAAGCACUACCUCCGAAAACCGCGGUCACCACCCCGAGAACUCGACUUCCUCGCAGAGGAAUGCUUACACUACACACGACUACGAGAACCAGUCCAACAUUUCCGUAUUCCAGCCCAAACCCGGCUACAAGCAGUGGAUUGCCCAGGCUGGUACCCUUGUUGCUGACUUGCUCACCUGCGCUGGCGCCGACCACAUUAUCACCAUGGACCUCCACGAUCCUCAAUACCAGGGCUUCUUCGACAUUCCCGUCGACAACCUCUACGGGAAAGCUCUGCUACAGAACUACAUCCAAGCUAACAUCCAAGGUCACCAAAACGCUGUCAUUGUCUCUCCCGACGCUGGAGGCGCGAAACGUGCCACUCUGAUCGCCGACAGUCUUAAGACGGACUUUGCUUUGAUUCACAAGGUAAUCCCACCAACCUCUGAUCUUCCCCAUAAUGAUCAAAGCUCAUUUAAUGCUUCAAAGGAGCGACGACCCAUCCGAUUCACCGAGCAUCGAAACGCGAGUAUGAUGUUGGUUGGUGACGUUUCGAACCGCAUCUGCAUCCUGGUCGACGACAUUAUCGACACCGGUAACACCAUCACACGAGCGGCGAAACUUUUGAAGAAGGAGGGCGCUACUAAGGUUUACGCCCUCGUCACACAUGGUGUCUUCAGCGGCGACUCCAUUGCUCGAAUCAAUGCUUCCUCUAUUGACAAAAUGCUGGUUACCAACUCCGUUCCCCAAGAAGAGCAUCGUCGACUAUGCCCCAAGCUCGAGGUACUUGAUAUCUCGCCCGUAUUUGCCGAGGCCAUUCGCCGCGUUCACCAUGGAGAGUCCAUCAGCGUGUUGUUCCAGCACAACUAA